AUGAACCUUGAUAAUUGCCACCGUCUAAGUAUUAGAAACAAAAGAACUUGGUCAAAAUAUGAGAGAAUUGGCCACGACCCUAUUGUUUAUGUCAAUCAAUUUGUUACUAGAAUAAAGGUUUCAAGCUUGAAAACAUUGUGGAGAAAAAUCAAGAGAGAAAAGAAGAGAAGAAUUUUGAAAUCAUCUUCACCUACUUUUGUAUAUGAUCCAAUCUCUUACUUACAAAACUUUGAUGAUGGCUACUUGACUGAAGAUCCUGAUAAUUUUUCACGGUCGUUCUCAGCUCGAUUUGCAGCACCGUGUAAGAAUUUUAAGGUAAGUAUGGAAGUGAUGGAUGAAAAAGAAAUAACGGAGACAAAUGAUGAGAGCUAG